UGGCACAUGUGGUGCUUAACUGCCCUAUUUUGAAUAAGCUGGAUAUUUGCUCAAGCCACGAGCUUCCUGAUGCAGAGAUUCGUUCUGCUAUCACAUCAUGCCCCCUUUUGGAGACUCUAGACAUGUCAUGUUGCUCAUGUAUUAGUGACGAAAAACUUCGUGAAAUGUCUCAAGCUUGUGCGAAUCUCCUUGAGCUGAAUGCUUCAUAUUGUCCUAAUAUUUCUCUGGAGUUGAAGCUCCCAGCUCUUGUAUUGUAAUGAUCGAGGGCAUCUAUGCUUUGAGUGAAAAACUGCGCCCUUUAGUGGAUCUUCGGGUGUCUGUUACCGGUGGAGUUCACAAUAACCUUGUUAAACGAGUUUUGAGAGAUAUACAACGUGCUGGCCAAGAACCGGAGGAGAUUAUCCAGCAAAUAUCUGAAACAGUUUAUCCAAUGUGCAAGGCCUUCAUCGAGCUGGAUUUAGAAACAGCUCAUAUAAAUAUAGUAAACAAGUUCAAUCCAUUUACUGGAUUUGAGAAUGCUACCUUCAUCUUAAAGAAAUCUGCUUGCUGCAAGGUGAAGGAUCGAUCUACCUGCAUUUUCAAAUAUAUUGAGGUUAUGAUGGUCUGCCGUUGGAUUUUUUAUUCGGGUUUCUGAUUCUGCAAUUGUGUUGGUGUUAUCUUUUAUACAAGACUUAUGAACAAACCCUUGAGGUCGGGCAAGAGCUUUUCGGCACCAAGCAUCUCCAACUGUAAUGUCUUGCAAUUUUGAAACAAGACGUCUCUUUUGUCCGUCGUGUAUCUUGCUAAGCUGCAAGUGUAAAAUUUAUCAUUUACAAUAAUGUAUUUAACAACCAUGUGUAUGCCUUUUGCAAGGAAACCUUGGUUUCUAAAUCAUUGAUUUUAAAAGCUUGUUAUUAUAGUAUUAACUCUAGGUGUUAUGGUUGGCUUUUUCCGAGGUACAUAAGAGGAGUUUGAAAUCUCAUGUUUAUAGAAAAUACCCAAACACCUUUUGGCUUGCUAUUGUACCUCAAAA